AUGCGCCGCUCCUCAGUCGUGCUUGCUUUGACCAGCUUCUAUGCUGCGGGCACAGCUGCGCAAAGCUGCCCCCCUCAAUAUGCCGCAGUUGCGAACUGGGUGGCAGAUUAUUCACCGGCCGUGUCUUAUUGCUCUUCGAGGUACCCAGGUCCGACGACGACAACCACGACCACGGCCACGGUUAUCGUCACCCAGACCUCGCGUACCCAGUCGAAGCGCAGUGUUCCUACCGAUCUCUUUGCCCACCUUGGAGCUCACGACAAGCCGCGUCCUGGACACGUCCAGCACACACAUUCGGACAAGGUCAAAAGGCAAGGAUAUAGCUGGACCAACUACUAUUACAGCCAGAUGAUCUCGCAGCGCGGGACCGCAUGGGUGCAGGGUGUCUGCGGGUGCCUCGUCGAUCCCGUGACUAUUGUCAGGACCACGGCCAGGACAAUCACUACCUGGGUUGCGGCGCCUACUCCUACUGUCCGAACCACUUCAUCGUCAGUCAGGACCUCCACCAGCAGCAUCAGAGCCAGUAGCAGCAGCAGCAGCUCUCUGCGGCUCUCGACUCUCUCAACUCCCUCAACCCUCUCCACCAGGCCCUCCACCACCUCCGUAUCAAUCCCCAGCAGCACCCCUAUAGCUUCCCCCAGCCUUUCAACAAGAUCUUCUUCUUCGUCCUCCUCCAUCAGGAUCCCCUCAAGCGUCCCCUCCAGCCCCUCCUCCAUCCCGAUCCCCAGCAGCAGCACGCUCCCCUCCAGCAGCCCCGCCGCGCCACCCUCCGUUUCGUCCGCCUCGCUCUCACCCUCCCUUUCCCCCUCUCUAUCCACCACCUCCACGCCCUCGUCCUCCUCCCCCCUCCUCCCCACCUCCGCCCCCACAUCCGCCGUCCCGCCAGUCGACCUCGUCGCGCAAUCCGGCUGCACCAACACGGACGAAUACCAAGGCACAGGCGCAUGCUCAUGCGAGUACACGAUCCUGUGCAACGUGUCGGGCAACUGCGGGGCGGCGGACGGCGUCACCACCACCGCGGUCGACUCGUGGCAGGCGUGCGGCGGGCAGUGCGACGACAACAGCGCGUGCUCGGCCUGGACCUACAACUACGCGACGGGCAUCUGCACGCAGAUCACCGACGAGGACUGCAGCACCGACUUGUUCAAUCUGGUUGACGACCCGGGUGUGUCGGUGUUGGGCGUGUAUGUGGGGUCGUGUCAGGGGACGUGUUUGUUUUGA